CGAGGGCGGGGAGACCUCGAAGCUGGGCCCUUCUGAAAGCACCGUGGCUUCCGCAGCCCUCGACCGCGCGGGGGUUCUUGCCCUGCGGAUGUCUGCGGUGCCAGCCACUGGCAUGUGCCUCCGCCUGCUCCUGCUGCUGGCACUGUGCAGUGCGGGCCCCGCUGCCGCAGCGCUCACCCUCAGUUUGCGGGGAAGCUGGAGGAUCCGCAGCGGGAACGGCUCCCUGGAGCUGCCCGGGAAGGUUCCCGGUUGCGUGCAUAGCGCCCUGUUUCAGCGGAGGCUCAUCCAGGAUCCUUACUAUAGAUUUAAUGACCUUAAGUACAGAUGGAUCGCCUUGGAUAACUGGACCUAUAGCAAGAAAUUUGAAAUACCUUUUGACAUUAGCAAAUGGCAACAAGUCAAUUUGGUUUUUGAGGGUAUUGAUACAGUUGCAAAUGUCCUGCUCAAUAAUGUUUCUGUUGGCAAAACGGACAACAUGUUCAGGAGAUAUAGCUUUGAUAUUACGCAUGUGAUCAAAGCCGUGAACUUCAUUGAGCUGCGUUUCCAGUCAGCGGUGUUAUACGCGAGAAACAGGAGUGAAGCUCACACUUGCUAUGAGGUGCCCCCCAAAUGCCCUCCACCUGUGCAGAAGGGCGAAUGCCAUGUCAACUUCAUUCGCAAGGAGCAGUGUUCCUUUAGUUGGGACUGGGGGCCUUCCUUUCCUACCCAGGGCAUCUGGAAGGAUGUUAGAAUUGAAGCCUAUAAUAUAUGUCAUCUGGACUACUUCACGUUUUCCCCUGUAUAUGAUAACAAUAUCCAGGAGUGGAAUCUUGAAAUAGAUUCUUCUUUUCAUGUUGUCAGUUCAAAGCCAGUUUUUGGUCAAGCGAUUGUAGUCAUUCCUGAAUUGCAAACACAGCGGACAUACAGCAUUGAACUUAAGCAUGGGAAGAGAAUUGUUAAGCUCUUUGUGAAAAUUAACAAGAAUAUUACUGUAAAAACUUGGUGGCCUCAUGGACAUGGAAACCAGACUGGCUACAACAUGACAGUACUUUUUAAGCUGGAUGGAGGCUUAAGUUUUGAAAGAUCAGCUAAGGUUUAUUUUAGGACAGUGGAACUUAUUGAAGAGCCCAUAGAAAAGUCUCCUGGUCUGAGUUUCUACUUUAAAAUUAAUGGAUUGCCCAUAUUUCUGAAAGGCUCAAAUUGGAUCCCUGCAGAUUCAUUCCAGGAUCAAGUAACCCCUGUCUUGUUACGGCUCCUUUUGCGGUCUGUUGUGGAUGCUAACAUGAAUACUCUCCGGGUUUGGGGAGGAGGAAUUUAUGAGCAGGAUGAAUUCUAUGAACUCUGUGAUGAACUAGGAAUAAUGGUAUGGCAGGAUUUUAUGUUUGCUUGUGCCCUUUACCCAACUGAUCGGGACUUCCUGAAUUCAGUGAGAGCAGAAGUUACUUACCAGAUUAGGAGACUGAAAUCACAUCCCUCCAUCAUCACGUGGAGUGGAAAUAAUGAAAAUGAAGCAGCACUCAUGAUGAAUUGGUAUAAUGUACAGCCCAGCGACCUGCCUACCUACAUUAAUGAUUACGUGACACUGUAUGUGAAAAACAUCCGAAAGAUCGUCUUAGCAGAAGACUCCACGCGUCCUUUUAUCACAUCCAGUCCUACCAAUGGGGCCAAAUCCAUUGCAGAAGGCUGGGUCUCUGAAAACCCAUAUGACACCAAUUUUGGAGACGUACAUUUCUAUAACUAUUGGAAUGAUUGCUGGAAUUGGAAAAUUUUCCCCAAAGCACGAUUUGUAUCUGAAUAUGGAUAUCAGUCCUGGCCUUCCUUCAGUACAUUAGAAAAGGUUUCAUCUGGAGAGGACUGGUCUUAUGAAAGCAAAUUUUCACUUCAUCGACAACAUCAUGAAAAUGGUAACUUUGAGAUGCUUCAGCAAGCUGCGCGUCACUUCAGACUCCCCCAAAGUGCAGAUCCAUUACGUACAUUCAAAGACACACUUUAUCUUACCCAGGUGAUGCAGGCCCAGUGUGUCAAAACAGAAACGGAAUUCUACCGCCGCAGCCGCAGCGAGAUAGUGGAUGGAAAGGGGCAGACCAUGGGCGCCCUUUAUUGGCAACUGAAUGACAUCUGGCAGGCUCCGUCCUGGUCUUCUCUCGAGUAUGGAGGAAAGUGGAAAAUGCUUCACUACUUUGCUCGGAAUUUCUUCGCUCCACUGUUGCCAGUGGGUUUUGAGGAUGAAGAUGUGUUUUUCAUCUACGGUGUGUCAGACCUUCACUCAGACUGUACGGUGAUGCUUACUGUGAGAGUCCACACGUGGAGUUCCCUGAAACCUGUGCGCUCUGAGACGACUAAGCUUUUUGUGAUGAAAGCAGGGGAAUCCGCUCUCCUCUAUAAGAAGCCUGUGCCUGAAUUGCUAAAUUGUACAAAAUGUACACGGCAAAGCUGUGUCAUUACCUUUUACCUGUCAACUGGCAGCCAACUCUUGAGCCCAACCAACUAUCACCUCCUGUCCUCCCUGAAGGAGGCCAAGGGGCUCCAGAAGGCAAAUAUCACUGCCAUCAUCUCUCAGCAAGGGGACGCUUUUGCUUUUGCUCUGGAAACCUCAGCAGUCGCUCCCUUCGUUUGGUUGGAUGUCGGAAGGAUCCCAGGGCGAUUCAGUGACAAUGGUUUCCUCAUGACUGAGAAGACACGGACUGUGUUAUUUUACCCUUGGAAACCCACCAGCAAGAGGAAAUUGGAGCAAUCUUUUCAUGUGACUUCGCUGACCAGUAUCUACUGAGGGAGUACAGGUUGUAUUUUCAGGAGCUAAAGGCAACCAGAGACAAGUGGAAGGAGCCAGGAGAUGUGUCUGCACAGGUUCGGUCACGUGUCAGAUUAAGCACUUGGUGAAGACUUGGGACACUGAGUUCUUGCAGGGAAGGCUGUAUACUCAGGAGUUGUUCUCAACAAAGCUGUGCAUGGCAGCAUAGUGGGGUUCCCUUUAACUUGAAUUUGAACGAUUUUUUAAAAUACUGAUUCAUUAUACUUGCGAUGAAAUCAGUUUUUGUGCAUUAUCAUGUUUAUAAAAUUACAAUGAUAAAAAAGCAAGAGGGGGCAAAAUGUUAAUGAGUAGCCAGUUUGGGUAAAGGUGUUGAGGAUUUUUUUUUUUUUUGUACUGCUUUUGCAACUUUUCUGUAAGAUAUAUAUAUAAAAAUGUUUAAUUAUAUAAAUGACAUUGACAACUUG